UUUUUUUAUAACACUCAAGUCAGAGUUGAUUUCUUGCAUUUUUUUUUUUUUUUUGGUUUUCCUCCGAGUUUCCUCGACACUGUGGAUGAGAGUUGAUUGACUGGACUUAAAUUUAUCACCUGUGAGACAAACCUCUGUCCCUCUUCACAUCACCACUAAGAACUGACUCUUACUUUCACGCUAGGGCCGCCCAACCACUGAAGACGGGGGACAACAUCUGUCCGCCAUCUUUGUCAGUGCUGCCAAGUAAUAUGGAAACUCACCAAAAAGUAAUCCAGGAUGACCGUCAAUGUGCUGGGUCUGGUGGUGAUGGCGGGCUUCUACGUGGUGAUCUUGGGCACGGGCAUCUGGGCGUCGAUGCGCUCCAGGAAAGAGGAGAAAAAAUGGACAGGAGAUGGUAUGGAGAUAACACUACUGGCUGGGCGAAACAUCAAUUUACUUGUUGGAAUCUUCACUCUUACAGCUACAUGGGUAGGCGGAGGGUUCAUCCUUGGUAUAGCUGAAGCUACGUACAACCCAACACUGGGUGCAGUGUGGGCACUCAUGCCAGUGCCUUACGUGUUGACUUUCUUCCUAGGUGGCUUUUUCUUUGCCAAGCCCAUGAGAGAGAACAACUAUGUCACAAUGAUGGACCCUUUCCAAAAGAAGUAUGGGAAUUUCAUGAGCAGUGCCUUGAUCUUUCCAGCACUGGUGGCCGACGUGUUGUGGGUGGCACGCACACUCGUCAGCUUGGGUGGAACUAUGAGCGUGAUCCUGGAUCUGCCCUACAUCUACUCCAUUAUCAUCUCCUCAGUGGUGGCCAUAAUCUACACACUGCUGGGGGGGCUCUACUCUGUGGCCUACACAGAUGUCAUCCAGCUAAUUCUCAUCUUUAUCAGCCUGUGGGUGUGUGUCCCUUUCAUGAUGACCAACCCUCACUCCUUGGACAUCUCACUGACGGCAUACAAUGAGACCUUCCAGGCCCCCUGGGUGGGAACGGUGGAACUCGAUGAGGCCGGCAAAUGGUUCGAUGACUUCAUGCUGCUGGCUCUGGGCGGGUUAGCCUACCAGGCAUUCUACCAACGAAUCCUGUCCGCCUCAUCUUACACCCAAGCUCAAGUGACCUGUUUCGCUUCUUCAGCCUUCUGCCUGGUGCUGGGUAUCCCAUCUGUGCUGAUUGGUGCUGUGGCUGCGUCUACAGACUGGAACUCAACUGCAUACGGACUGCCUACUCCAUAUGAUCGUAAAGAGGCAGGAUCCAUCCUCCCCAUCGCUCUGCAGUACCUCACACCCACCUACAUCUCUGUCGUUGGCAUUGGAGCUGUUGCUGCUGCUGUCAUGUCCUCCAUGGACUCAGCUCUGCUGUCCUCUGCCUCACUGUUCUCCUCUAAUAUCUACAAGAAUAUCCUCAGGAAGCAGGCUUCAGACCGUGAGAUGCAGUGGGUGAUCCGGAUCUCAGUGGUGGUGGUGGGUCUGGCCGGCACUGCUCUCACGUUCUUGGACAACAGUGUGCUGGUCUUCUGGAUUGUGGGCGUUGAUAUGUCCUACACCAUCAUGUUUCCUCAGCUAGUCUGCGUCCUCUUUUUCAAGGUGUCUAACGGUUAUGGAGCCAUUAUUGGCUACACCAUUGGGCUGGUCACGAGAAUCCUUAGUGGCGAGCCCCUUCUUGGCCUCCCGCCAAUCAUCAAGUUCCCCGGCUGCCGGCUAGAUGACGAAGGAAAGCUGACCCAGUUCUUCCCUUUCCGUACCGUCAUCAUGCUCAUGUCGCUCCUAUCCAUUCUGCUUUUUUCAUGGCUAGCAUCCAUCAUUUUCAACAAAGGCCUGGUGUCUGACAAAUGGGAUGUGUUUGAUGCCAAACGCAAGUACAAACCCGCAGCUACAGCUGAAAACAUCAAAGUCUCCCCCACCAGUGAAGGAGCCCCUGCAUCCAAGCAGCUGCUGGACACCACUAGCUGCUGAAAAGGCUCAUGAACUGGGAGAGAAGAUGAGCGGUGGCUAGGGGCAGAUGUGUCUGCGAGCCAAGACGGCAAUGAGGGUGAACAUCUCUACAGUAUCUCCACCGUAUCAGUGAAAUAAUGGUGAUCAUGUGUACAUAUAUUGUCAUCCAUCACUGAAAGCAGUCACGAAAAAAAUCUAACCAUGAAGCCGAUCAAUUACGUUUUCUUUGGAAAAGUAAGCAAUAUCUUUGGUUCAAUUUUCAAAGUAAACCAAAUAUAUCUAAUGAUAUUUAGAAACAUCUAACAGCACAGACUUGUAAAUUUGUACAGAUAUAUCUCUAUAAAAAUAUAUUUAUGCAACCACAAAUUGAGAUACUGCCGAAUCAGAGAGGUGAGCUUCAUGUUCUCAGCCGGGUGGUCAGUUCCUACAGACAGCGAGGCUGUGGCAACACUUUAUAGAACAACACUUGCACAAGAAACCGAUCCCAAAGGGAUCACAACAUAAUCAUUCAGACAGAUGAAAUCUGUUUGUAUUUGCUGGACCUUGUAUUCAUACCCCCUCAUGCAAACAGGAACGCAGAAAAUCGUCUGCAUUGACGUUCUUACUCCAUAAUCACACAUUUUGGUGUCGAUGUGGCCAAUGAAAAACACGGCACUGCGAAGCACCUUUGCUUCUCUCUCAUCGUGAACCUGUGCAAAUGAUUUGCAGCAAGACAGAGCUCUCUUUUGCACCAGAACAAAGAAAUGCAACCCAAAGAACAAAGAAUAAGUGCACAUCUUGUGCUCUUGUGGGUUUUAGUUAAAGAUUUUUUUUUUUUAUGCGAUCUGAUCUUUCCUUUAGUACAUCAGUGAGCUGCUGUAUACAGCCACUGUAUUCUUCCUGCCUUACUAGUUAACAAUAGAUAGGUUUUUUGUAUUCUUCUUAAAUGUUGCAUUUAAAGAAUCAAAGCUAAUAUACCAAAUAUGCACAAAUGUGCAAAUCCCAAACGCUUGUUUCUUGAUUUCGGGGCAAACAGGAAUUUUAAAUUUUGUUUUUUCAUUUGUAAAAACGUGUAAAUAUGUGUUACUAUCUAGAAGAUUAGAGCUAAUUUGAAACCAGGCAGGCACCGAUGGAAAACAAAACAACCUGUUCAAGGGCAAUCAAAGAGACUUACAGUAGGCAAGAAGUGACCUAAACACUAUACAGCCUCCUAAAUGUCCUUUUUGUUCAAUUAAUUAACUGUUAAUGUGACCCAUUAUGUCGUAAACACCGCGAGGGAGACGCUCAGCCAAGUCCCUUUGAGUAGAGAUUGUCCAUGUUUUCCUCCUCGUUUUUUCCUCUCCUUACAGUUUGGCACUUAUUUUUGUACUGUAUAGUUCUGAUGCAUGCAACACUCCAGUUUACACCUACGUUUCUGAGAAUUUGCAUCUGUUUCACCACAGCACCAAUUCUCGCUUUUAGACUUUUAGUUGAUUUUUAAUUGAUUUAUAUUUUGUAUCGAUCCUGCAUGUUGCUCAGAGAGGUUUCUGUCCGCGAGUGAAAGUCAGAAAGCCGAUAAAACCUUCCUCUUCCACACUGUUGCCUUUAAUGUCCCUGGAAACUGGUCUCACUCCAAUGUCGCCGGUUCAUUGUUGGUCAUUGUAACGUGGGGAUAAACUCACUGUUCAGGCCUCUUUAGAUGCCGCUACUAUCGCUGGAUGAUGAAUGCUUGUUUAACGCGCAGGAGGCGUUAUCUGCGUAACAUAACGUGUAGAUUGAGGUAUUUUCCCCACAUAUGCAGGAUGAAAUACGGCGUCAGACAGGCGUAAUUUUCAAAAUGAGGAUGGAUAAACAUCGAGAUGAGUGUUUUUUAAGCGGGAUUUGCUUCUUGCAAAGUCCUGGUUUGUCAUUUUGGGGCCAGUUGUUCAAACAGUGGACCAUCCUUUCCGGACAUAGGCCAGUUUAUGGCGUCCGAGGCUGAGUAGCUUGCAGAUCUCCUCGUCUCCCUGGUUACUCAUCUUGCAAAUAUAGAUCCUACCUGUGAAGUCCUGCUGCUGUUUUUACUGUUAUCAGGUGUUUCUUUAUUUUAUUUAUCUACCCCACAUCAGUCAAUAAAAAGGACAGGAAACACGUUAGAUUCACGUGUUAAACGCGGGGUAUCCGCCGAUGUAAAAGAGACUUUCAAGUACGUCACUGAGUGGUAUUUUUGAUUUCAAAGAUUGUAUCGGAAGCACAGUGAGAGAAGGUCAACAAGCUUUAUCCCCAAAGAGGCGCAUGCAGGACUUUUACAUGUGUGACUGUGAUUUUUACCUGUAUUAUACUCUUGUACUGUACAUUUACACUUUUAGUUUUUUAUCAAAUUUAUCUAGUAGACGUUUUUAUCUCAAAUAAAUUUGAAAUAAUAAAAAAAGGCCUUCAGUUUUGCAGAACGUGAAUAUAAAUGUUGAAUUUCCCCUCCAGUGGGAGUUUACGUGUGCAGGAGAACAUGUUAGCGUAACAUCCCUGACCCGUCAGAUAACAAUCUCCCUGCAGGAUUUUAUGGCAGAGAUCUCGCCAGGAACCUGUG